AUGGCCGCGGCACGCCCUCGUGCCUGCACCGGCACCUCGCCCUGCCCUUGCUCAAACACCGCCGAACAACCGUUGCGAGGAGUCGCGCUCGUCGCCAUGCCUCGUCUCCGCCGGACGCCGCCACGCCGAAGGAUCCGCCUGCUCCUCUUCAAUGACGGCCGCAGCACGCCGAAGCCCACACCAGCGCCUGCAAGAACCAGUCGAUCUCCCCACGCCGGACCUGCAUCUUGCCCCAUCGUCGCCGGCCACACCCUUUGGCCAGCUGAUCAGAGGUCCGGCAGCCGGCAGAAGUUGCUAUGUCAUUUGCAUCCUGGCCAGUUUUGCAUGUACUGUACACCAUCACGCACAGUAUGUCUGCAUGCACAAUCACAGGCGCUUGAGUUUUAUUGGGAUUAUAAAAAUACUGUUAGAAAUUCAAGCCCACGUUGUGGCAAACCAGAUGAUGAUCCCAUCGUAGAUGACGAUGACGAUGCCUCCACUGUCCGGCCUCGAUGCACCUCCUCUGCGCUCCAGCGAUCUCGAUCUACCUCAAUUCCUCGACUGGCAAGGGCUUGUGAACUUCAUACUCAGAUUGUAUUUGUGAAGUAUGGCAUAAAGGUUGACAGGGAUGAUGCCCACCAUCUAUGGACUGAAAUGACCUCAAGGCCAUACCAAUAUUCUGCCGUACCUCUGCACAAAACUCUGCUAGACAUCUGUGAGGCUUCAGUCCAUAGUUCUGUGCUGCUUGUUGGGCAGAGGAUGAUGUAUGAGAAACCUUCCCUGGACGCUGAUGUUUUAGAUGAAUCAGAGUUGGCUCUUUGGUGCUGGAGAUAA